AUGGGAAACGAAAAAUCAGAAAGAAUUCAACUAUAUCGAGCUGUUCUUGCAAACUGUAAAAUCAUGCACCCUGAUGGGUCAUUACCAAAUAUGCCUUAUUUUCUUCAGAACCCUAAAAACUUAUUCAACCUCUCAAGAGCGAGCAAGAUAUUUGCUAGUUAAUUUUUUGAAAACUUAAUAUUAAAUUAUAUAUUAAAACCUUUUUGAUGCUUGAAAAUAUUUGAAAAAUAAUAAUUUUUUAUAACUCCCCCCCCCUCCGUGAGUUAACAAAGCCAUUAGAAAAAUCCCUAUUUUUUUGUCCAAAAACCCACCCUCUGUGAGUAAUCAAAAUUGUUUUAAUAGAAAAAAUUAUUUAUGAAAAAAAGUUUUGAUAUAUAAGUGAUAAUUAGUAUAAUGAAAUCUCGAACUAAUUCUGUUUAAUUUUAAACAAAUUGCUUUUUAAAACAUAAAUUUUAUAAAUUAAAUUAAUAUUUGCUCCCCAAUUUUUGCAAAUUAGGAUUUUUUUAAAAUUUCGAAAAAAAAAAUUUUCUAUAAAAUUUAUAUAUAUAAUUUUUUUUAUAAAAAAAAAACUAACCCCCUCCGUGAGUGAACAAAAUUUUUUGUUCACUCACGGAGGGGGGGAGUAAGUAUAUUUAAAAAUCCAGGAUAUAUGAAAUACUGCAUUAUAAGCCAUCAGUUAUAUAAAAUAUUUUAAUAAAUUUGCAUUUUAUAAAAAUUUUUUGCUUACUCCCCCCCCCCCCUCCGUGAGCGAACAAAACCAUUAGAAAAAUCGCCAUUUUUUGACCAAAAACCCACCCUCCGUGAGUGAACAAAAAUUUUUUUAAUAGAAAAAAUUUUAAUGGAAAAAAAUUUUGAUAUAUAAGUGAUAAAUUAGUAUAAUGAAAUCUAGAGCUAAUUCUGUUUAAUUUUAAACAAAUUGCGUUUUAAAACAUAAAUUUUGCAAAUUAAAUUAAUAUUUGCUUCCCAAUUUUUGCAAAUUAGGAUUUUUUUUAAAUUUCGAAAAAAAAUAUUUUUUAUAAAAUUUAUAUAUAAAUUUUUUUUAAAAAAAAAAAUUAACCCCCCUCCGUGAGCGAACAAAAUUUUUUUGUUCGCUCACGGAGGGGGGGGGGGGGGGAGUUAAUAAAAAAGUAGAACUUUUUAUAUUGUUUACUCGUAAAUGAACAAAUUUAGAGGUUUCCAAGGAAUUGCAUCAGAUUCUAUAUGAUUCGGACCAAAAACACAAGCUAUUUGCACAAAAUGUGUCUCAAUUUAUAUUAGAAAAGCAAAGAGAGAAAUCAACUUCUCACCUGAGAAGAGCUACAAUUCUUCAAAUUAGAAGUGAAAUAAUAAGGGCUCUUGGCAAAUUAAAAACACUUGAAGAUAGUAGCUCCUCAGCAAUCUGAAAUAUAAAAACUUUGAAAAUUCGAAAAGAUUUAGAUAUCAAUUUUUUAUUAACAUAUUCAAAUCAAAUGUCCAUUUUAAAAGAAGGAAAUGUUAUUGAUAUGCAGAUUGAUUUAUUUGAAAAGGGGAAAAUUAAUAUCUUUUCUGACGAGAUGACCAUUGGGAAAAUCCAAAUAAAUUAUAAAGAUGUUUUUGGAAAUUUGCAUAUCUUGAAAGCUUUGGAAAAAAACGAGCAUCGACUUCUAGUAGCGCAAUCUACUGAAAAUUACACAAUUGAAGCUGAGGUUCUGAUUAAAAUUUCAAAUAGAGAUAAAGAGAAAUUGCUUAAUGAAGAAUUGGUGAAAUGUGAUGAAAAGCUUAAAUUAGAAGAAUUAAAAUAUGAAAUUUAUUUUGAGGAUUUAUUAGCUCCCUCUUCUUUAGGAGUGAAAGAGAUUUUUUGUUCUCUUUUAAGGGGGCUGAUUUACGAAAAUAAACUUUUUUCAAUGGUUUUGUACUCUAGGAGGGGUAAGGGCUUUAAAAAUCGAGUAUACAGACGGCAAGUUUAAAUCAAUUUUCCCUGAAAUCCAUAAAGAUCUUGAGUUUUGUGAAAGCUGUAUAAUAUAUUAA